GCGAGCGCCACGGUUGCUUCCGUGUUUGUGUGAUCAGGGAGUGUAGCCGCAGCCAGGAGCUCCUCUGUCUUCCCACGUCCAUUCAUUUGGAAGCAAGCAAGCGUCAAGCAGAAGAAAUGACCUCCAUCGACCUGAAACAUGUAUUCGCCAGUCUCCCCCAUAUGGAGAGGGGUGUUGCAAAGGUGAUUGGCGGUGACCCAAAAGGCAAAAACUUCCUCUACACCAAUGGGAAAUGUGUCAUCAUCAGGAACAUCGAGAACCCUGCUAUUGCAGACAUUUACACCGAGCAUGCUCAUCAAGUCAUUGUUGCCAAGUAUUCCCCAAGUAGAUCCUACAUUGCGUCCGGAGAUGUGUCAGGAAAGAUCCGAAUCUGGGACACCACCCAAAAGGAGCACUUGCUCAAGUACGAGUACACUCCAUUUUCAGGGACGAUAAAGGAUAUCGUGUGGACCGAGGACAGCAGGAGGAUUGCUGUUGUUGGUGAAGGACGGGAAAAGUUCGGGGCCGUGUUUUUGUGGGACACUGGCUCAUCUGUUGGAGAAGUUGCUGGCCACUCAAAAAUAAUCAACAGUGUGGAUAUACGACCGAAGCGUCCUUACCGUCUCAUAACAGCCAGUGACGACAAGAGUGUCGGCUUCUUCGAGGGCCCACCCUUCAAGUUCAAAUUCACACAAACGGGCCACAGUCAGUUUGUCAACUGCGUCCGUUACUCUCCUGAUGGAAGCAGGUUCGUCUCGGCGAGUUCCGACGGUCAGAUAUUGGUUUAUGAUGGAACAACCGGCGAGCGUGUUGGCUCACUGGGUGGUGAGAAGGCUCACACAGGAGGAGUCUAUGCAGUCAGCUGGAGCCCCACCGGCUCCCACCUGAUCUCUGCCUCAGGGGACAAGACCGUGAAGCUCUGGGAUGUUGGUGCAGGUACGGCUGUCACUACUUUCAACAUGGGAACACAAGUGAUGGACCUGCAGCUGGGCUGCCUGUGGCAGGAAGACCAUCUCCUCAGCUUCUCCCUGUCAGGAUACAUCAACUAUUUGGACAAGAACAACCCCGACCGGCCGAUACGCACAGUUAAGGGCCACAGCAAAUCGAUCCGAUGUGUGACUGUUCACAAAAGUGACCGCCAGUACAUCUACUCGGGAAGUCACGAUGGACACAUCAAUUACUGGGAUGCAGAUACUGGAGAGAACGGCUGCUUUUCAGGGAACGGCCACACCAACCAGGUGAGCCAGAUGGCGAUCAAUGACGAAAACGAGCUGGUCACGUGCAGCAUGGAUGACACUGUGCGCUACACCAGCCUCAGCAAGCAAGAGUACAGUGCCUCUGACGUGGUGAAGAUGGAUUCCCAGCCUAAAAGUGUUUCAGUGGCGAAGGGAGGUCUGUCACUCGCUGUCUGCAUUGACCAGGUGGUCUUGCUGAAGGAUAAGAAGAAAGUCUUCACGUUGGACAACCUUGGCUACCAACCAGAGAUUGGAGCCUUGCAUCCAAAUGGCAGCACUGCUUUAGUUGGAUCAGUCGAGGGGAAAAUCUACCUGUACUCCAUUGAGGGGAACACGCUGAAGCAGAACGAUCAGGUCCUGAAUCUUAGAGGGGCCGUCACAUACAUGGCCUACUCCAGCGAUGGGGCUUACCUGGGAGUCGUCGAUGCAGCGAAGGUUGCCUCGGUCUUCUCUGUGGUUGACGGUUACUCGGUGAAGGAUGAGUUUUACGGACACCAUGCCAAACCGGUGACUUUGGCCUGGUCCCCUGAUAAUCAGCACUUUGCCACUGCUGGGAUAGACAUGAUGGUGUACGUCUGGACAGUUGGGGAUUCAGACAAAAGGUUCAAAUUACAAGACGCUCACCGGUUGCACCAUGUCUGCAGCCUGGCCUGGAAAGACGAGCACACUCUGGUCACCGUCUCCCACGACGCCUCUGUCAAGCAGUGGACUAUUAACUACUGAGCUGCAGUCAUCAUACACACACCUCCAGGGACAAGGACUACUGUAAAACAAAAAAGAUCUCUUUUUUUUUUUUUUUUUUUUUUUUGUAACUCAAUGGUGUUCCUUGCUAUUUGAAAUGGAAAAGAUGAGGUUGAAGUAAAAGUCCCAUCCUUAAAAAAAAAAAAAAAAAAAAAAUUCUGCCAUGGCUCUCUGGCCUGAAUAACCUUAACUGUAACAGACAAGAAACUGAAAGAUACGAUGUAACGUUGAGUGCUUUUACACCCGGACCAGAAGGUGUAAGCUUAUCAUUCCACAGAUGGCCCAUUUGAAACUGAUCUUGUGUGGGGUUGAGGUUGGUGCAUCCCGACUUAAGGGAAUGUUUGUUUUUUUUUUUCUGAAAAUCAAAGUCACAUUUGAAAGAAAUGAAGCCUUUUGGUGACAUUCCGAGAGGGAGCAGUCCCUGGGUCUGAACUGAAGCUGCCUGUCACUUUGUAUUUUCACGGUUCUGAUGGGCGGGGUGUGUGGUGCGUGUAUGUGUGCGAUUUGUUCAUUUUGGCUUUUUGCGCUGUCGUAGGAUUCGUGUAUUGUUGUUCACAACUCUUCCCAUUGGGCUAGGGAGCAAUAAUAGGGACUGAAAAACGGUAUGUGUACAAUCAUGAAGACGUCGGUUCUGUGUUGCUGUGUUCCUCUUUGGGCUCACCCGUCAUUUCACAAAUUUCUUUUUUCUAUGUCUUUAUGCAUUCACUUCCCCAGUGGAAGCGACUCAUUAACAAUAAUAAAAAGAACUUUUUAUGCACUUCCA